AUGGUGGAAAGCAGUGCCAGGUUCUCACCAUAUCGAUCGUCGCUUAAAAUUAUCAAGCAACAAGGUACAUUGGAGGCCGCUCUAAACACAAUAUGGAGACAACCAGAAGGCUUUCGGAUUUUAGAUCACGGAGGUAACAAAUUCCAAUUUUUCUUCAAGGAUGAAAUCGAAUUGCUCAAUGUGGAGAAAGGGGUUCCUUGGUUGUUCAAGAAUUAUAUUCUAAAUCUGAAAAGAUGGAAGGAAGAUUCAAUUAUCAAUGAUGUAGAAUUCUCUCAUGUUCCUAUAUGGGUACAACUGUGGGGUUUAUCGGAGCAAUGUAAAACCAAAGGAUUGGGAAAAAGAGUAGGAGAGACGCUGGAAAAGGUGAUGGAUGUUGCUGUAUUCUCUAUGAAGGGAAAGAAGGAGAGGAUUUUAAAAAUUCAAAUCCUCCUAGACAUCACAAAACCAUUGAGGAGGAAGAUAAGAAUCUCGGGAAGCAACAACAAAAUUAUUGACCUUCAGCUUAAGUACGUGAGGAUUGGUAAUUUUUGUUAUUGUUGUGGGUGCAUCGGGCAUGAGAUUAGGGCGUGCUCAGAAAACCUAGCAAAUAUAGCGCAAGGAGGAGAAGAAGAAGCGGAAUGGGGAGCAUGGCUAAGGGCAAAUCAAUUCGGUAGGAGAGUGGAGGAUCAAAAAGAAAAUAACAAUCCAAAUCAACCCAAUGCUGCACAGGAAGACAUAGAUAAACAGAAAAAACCAAUCCCAGUUAACCUGAUAAGAGAAUUUGCAAGUCUCUUUGUUCAGGACCAGAACUCACAAAUCAAACAAGAUGAUCAACAGGUGCAAAGUGGCCAAAAAAUGCUAAUAAUAGAAAGGAAUAAGGGGGGAGUUCAGAAACACGGGAAGAAGGAGAUAAAGACAGCAACAUAG